AUGCCGACAGCAGUACGGAUCUGUGUUUGCGGCGACGAGAGCACAGGCAAAUCCAGCCUGAUUGCAUCUCUUGUUAAGGACCAGUUUAUGACCAACAAGAUCCAGCCAGUCCUCCCCCAGAUCACAAUUCCUCCAAGCAUCGGAACGCCAGAGAAUGUCACUACGACAAUCGUUGAUACUUCGGCUCGGCCCCAGGACCGAACGACUUUACGCAAGGAAAUCCGGAAAUGCAACGUUAUCCUUCUCGUGUAUGCCGACCAUUAUAGCUACGAACGUGUAGCCCUGUUUUGGAUGCCCUACUUUCGAUCGCUGGGCGUCAAUGUUCCGGUUGUGCUAUGCGCAAACAAGUCGGAUUUAGUGGGCCAGAGCAGCACGUCGCAGGUGGUGGAGGAGGAGAUGCUUCCAGUCAUGGCUGAGUUUAGAGAGAUUGACUCAUGUAUCAGGACCAGCGCAAGGGAGCAUCGCAACGUCAACGAAGUCUUCUUUCUAUGUCAGAAAGCCGUGACCCAUCCGAUUGCUCCCCUCUUCGAUUACAAAGAAGGUCAUCUAAAGCCAGCAUGCGUCGAUGCGCUGAAGCGGAUAUUUUACCUUUGCGACAAGAACCAAGACGGCUACCUCGAUAACCAGGAGAUGCGAGACUUUCAAUCUCGGUGUUUUGACAAGCCUCUUACAGACGACGAACUCGACAAUAUCAAACUCUCCCUAUCUAAAGCACUUCGGGGCGCAGACCUAUCAAGAGGUAUCGAUCUGAGAAGCUUCUUGCAACUCAACAAGAUGUACGCCGAGAAAGGCAGACACGAAACCAUCUGGAUCAUUUUGCGCAAAUACCACCAUACGGAUAGUUUAAGCCUAGAAGAAAACUUUCUCCAUCCAAAAUUCGAAGUCCCAGAGUUUUGCUCGGCCGAGCUCAGUCCAGCUGGCUAUCGAUUCUUCGUGGAUCUGUUUCUACUCUUCGACAAAGACAAUGAUGGUGGCUUGAAUGACGAAGAACUCGAGGCUCUUUUUGCUCCCACCCCUGGACUACCACCAUCCUGGUCAGACUCUGCCUUUCCAUCCUCAACAGUCAGAAAUGAGGGCGGGUACAUUACACUUCAAGGUUGGCUGGCACAAUGGAGUAUGACCACAUUCCUGGAGCCAAAGACGACUCUAGAGUAUCUGGCCUACCUUGGUUUCGAGCCCCCCAAUCCAAAAGACCCAAUCACUUCAGCACUAAAGGUUACCAAGCCUCGCAAGAGGCGGAGGCGACCCGGCCGUGUCGAAAGGAAUGUCUUCCAUUGUUACAUUCUCGGUGCAUCGGGAGCGGGCAAAUCAUCUCUCUUAGAUGCUUUUCUAAAUCGAACGUUUGAUGGCUUGUACCACCCCACGAUCAAGCCACGACGAGCGGUCAACAGCGUGGAGCUUCCCGGCGGCAAGCAGGUAUACCUCAUCUUUGAAGAACUCGGCGAGCUGGAACCAGCCAUCUUAGAGAACCAAGCGAAAUUGGACGCCUGUGACCUUCUCUGUUAUGCAUACGACUCUUCUGAUCCCGACUCUUUUUCCCACAUCGUAGAUAUACGGAAAAAGCACCCGCAGCUGGACGAGCUGCCAUCGGUGUACACUGCACUCAAAGCAGAUAGGGACAAGACCAUGCAGCGGAGCGAGCUUCAGCCCGACCAGUAUACAUCGUCGCUCAACAUGAGCUCCCCCUUACACGUCAGCGUUACUUGGAACAGCAUCAGUGAGCUUUUCGUCGCUCUCGCAGAGGCAGCAGCAAACCCCAGCAUUGCUUUCCCGAAGAGCGAUGACGACAUGAUUGACCGGACGAGCCUGUAUCUUACCCUGGGCGCAACGGCAUGUGCGGCUAUAGCAGCAGUUAUGAUUUGGAGACGAUCUACAAACGCCAUGUAG